CAGAGUCAGGUGCAUCCCAACUUCCCUUGGUCAGAGAUGAAAUUCGUGCUUCCUUUACUCGUUACCCAUCUGUUGGUAUCAGCCGUUGCGGGGUUUGUGCCGAUACGUCGGUGCGCGGGAAGUCCACAGCCGAGGACGAAGCCUCUACUGAGUAGCAGCGGCGGCGUUUACACGCGCGUUCGCUUAGGCAGCGCGGCUUUGGCGUUGUCAUCCAACGAUUCGUUUGAUAUUUCCAAGCCCGUCUUUGAUUUGUACGCCUGGCGUUCGGUUCGCGGCGACGCCUUGGCCAAGUACAAUUCACUCAACCAGAGUGAGCCUUUGCGAAUCAAUUUGUCGGCGCUCUUUGCGCUCACGUGUUUCGCUAGUCCAACUUUAGCCGAGGAAAUUAAUGCCGAAGCCUUGUCUCUGCCGCAAACGGCACUCACCGUUGUCCUCGGUCUGGCGUGUUCCGCCGCGUUCGUUCGUGAGAACCAACGCCGAGCGAAACAAUUGACCCGUCUCGAAAAAGAACUCGCAGCGCUGUCACUCACGAUACGCUUACCGACAUCUAUUCUAGCGGAUGCCGCUUUCGCAAAGCCCGUCUCCAUCCAACAGCUCCAAAGGAAAUCCGCCAGUCGCGUGAUUGCCGUCACCGGCACCGCGGCCGAAUUGGCACCGACGCUGCAGGAGUUGCGGGUCCUGGGUCGUCGAUUGACACAGGCCAACACGUACGUAGUCGUUAUACCCACAGACGGAUCUACUCGUGCCGAUUGGGGCUUGCCGAAUGAACGAUUCACCUGGCUAGCGGAACCUGCAGUCGUUCUCCAGUGGAAAACCUACUUUGCGACUCUUUCCGAGGGGUCAGACUUUAAGUGGUUUGGGCUCUCGUCGAGCGGUAGGUCGUUCGGAUCCGGCCAAGGAUCUCGUCCGGUAUCGUGGAUUCAGAUGUUGGGACAGCAUCUGCGCCCUACCGAUAUUCUGGACGAAAACGACGUUUCCAAGGAAGACGUCGACAACGUUCUGUCGCAGAUGGACCUCUUCUACGAUGCGCUCGUUCAAGGGAACUUAGAACAGAUGAGAUCGGUUUGUGCGGAAGAGCAGUGCAAGGAAGUAACUGGCGUCAUUCAGGCUGGAGGUCGACUGGACGACUGGAAGAGUUGCCUGCAAGAAGGGAAUCGACCUGCCGGGAUGAGGGUGUCGGGAGCGGAUGUAACGAUAAUUUCCAAGGAAUUGGCAUUUUCGACAGUCAUUGAGUUUCCCUCCGCUAUAGAGGGGGCGACUCUACUUGCCAUGCAAAAAUGGAUCCGACAAGCUGGCGAAUGGAGAUUGGCCCGACAUCAAACGAUCCCGUGGGCGGAAAAUGCUGCUGCUGGCACGCUGAUUUGUGACUGCCGAGGAUGUGUAUCUUUGACACGGAGUGCUGACCGAAGAACUUUUGGUGGAUUGAUUGGAUAG